AUGACCGCAUUGGCGAAGGAUUGUACUGUUAAACUUGAUAGUGUGUUCCUUAUGACUAUUAGUCGUUGCAUCCGAAACCGGUUCUCGAAGUGUACUCACAGCUACUGUACCCUACUCACGCUGGUUUAGAGGCCCAGUCUCUACUUGUACGCCUUUUUCCAGUGGCGCCAGUACUGCAUGGUACCAGCACUGGAGAAGGUUGGUUGUUACAGUUGCACAGCGCAGCAGACGCCAUCUCAGCAAACACAUCUUGCGGAAACAGUAGCAGCAGCAUCUGCGCCACCCUCUGCAGCCUUGGCUUAUAAUUUCACGACGACAUCAACGCUGAACUGCUCAUUUUCGAUCGACCCGUUCAUACACUACAUUCACACAUCAAUCGCCUACUAGCUGCAUUUAUUAUAAUAUGGGAGUAUCCAUGGACACGUUUAUCAAAGCACUCCUUGUGGAACGAUCGCAAUCCGAUCGAACGUUUGCUCCUUUGGUAGUAGACAAUGCCCGUCACCAUGCCGAGCGGUGGUCCGAGCUACCGCGUCGCGUCCGCACGUCCCUGCUGUUGAACAAUGUCGAUCCUACUCGCAUCCACAAGGCGGCGAACCGAAAGUUUGUCGGCCGCAGCAACAGCCUCGGCAGCGAAGAUCGAUGGACCAGCUGCGGCGAUAGCAGCCCCAAGCAACAACGACGACCCAACAAACAAGCAGCGGCUCCUUUGGCGCCUCCCGCUUGUCCGCAACGACAACAAAGCAUCGAAGUGACGGCCGAGACACUGGCGCUGAUGGGAGCCUGCUCCGACACUGACUGCGCGCAUUUGGCUCCCUCGUGUCCGCAACGUCGAAAAAGCGUCGAAAUCAGCCACAUUAGUCCCAAUUCGGUCAUGAUGCUGCCGCCGAAUCUCCCCAAAAUGCCCGAACGCAAGUCCAGUGAAGACUCGGAUCUGUUGUACUCAUCGGUACCGCCACCGCCCAUGACUAUCCAGAAGAAGAACAAUACCGCGCCGCUGUUGGGGUCCUUUUCCAGUUCCGUCAAGCGCAGUAGCUCUUCUCUGCUGGACGAUGACUCGGACAGUGACGAGGAAGAAUUCAUGGGCGGGAGCACGCGCUUCCACAACCCAAAGCCGCAGCUAUUGAAGAACUUUACCUUUUAGAAGAGAUCAUAUCAUAUGCCAUGCCAUGCCACGAGAAGGAAUACAGGGAAACAAUAACAUAGAGAAACAUGU